AUGGCCGCCCUCAUCAACACAGACGACGAGAUGGCNCCCUCGUUGCAGAACAUCCUCGACCAAAAGACGCUCCGCUGGAUCUUUGUCGGCGGUAAAGGUGGUGUCGGAAAGACAACCACCUCUUGUUCUCUGGCCAUUCAGCUCGCAAAGCACCGCAAGAACGUCCUCCUCAUCUCGACCGACCCUGCACACAACUUGUCCGAUGCCUUCAACCAAAAGUUCGGAAAGGACGCCCGCCUGGUCAAUGGCUUUGACAACUUGAGCGCCAUGGAGAUUGACCCCAACGGAUCUAUCACUGACAUGCUCAAUGCUGGUGGUGAGGAGACUCAGGAGGCCAUGUCUGGUCUCGGUGGUAUGGGCAACAUGAUGCAGGACCUUGCUUUCAGCGUGAGUGGUGGCAUUUCAGCACAGAGACACGCAUUGCUAACUGUCUUCGCACAAACANNGAUUCCCGGUGUCGAUGAAGCCAUGUCCUUUGCCGAAGUCCUCAAGCAAGUCAAGUCGCUCAGCUACGAAGUCAUCAUCUUCGAUACCGCACCCACUGGCCACACCCUCCGUUUCCUCCAAUUCCCCACCGUCAUGGAGAAGGCUCUCGGCAAGAUCUCGCAACUCUCCGGCCAGUUUGGCCCCAUGCUCAACGGCAUUCUCGGUGCCCGUGGUGGCCUCCCUAACGGACAGAGCCUCGACGACGUUAUCAAGAAGAUGGAGGAUCUGCGCGCUACCAUCAGCGAGGUCAACACCCAAUUCAAGAACGCCGACCUUACCACAUUUGUCUGUGUGUGUAUUCCCGAGUUCUUGUCGCUGUACGAGACAGAGAGAAUGAUCCAGGAGUUGAACAGCUAUGAGAUUGACACACAUGCCAUUGUUGUCAACCAGCUGUUGUUCCCCAAGGAAGACAAUCCUUGCGAGCAGUGCAAUGCGAGAAGAAAGAUGCAGAAGAAGUACCUUGAGCAAAUCGAGGAUCUUUACGAUGAGUUCAAUGUCGUCAAAAUGCCUUUGCUCGUUGAGGAGGUUAGAGGAAAGGACAAGCUUGAGAAGUAA